CUUGAACGUGGCGGUGCUAAUCUCACAUUUACAACACCUUGCUUUGCUUGAAAAGUUACACUUUUUUUACGGUAGCAAGUACUGGAUGGCUGAAUUAAAUUAUAUCUACACUUUCGAUUGAUCUUAUGUAUCAAUGUAAAUAGACAGUUAGAAAAGACAUUCGACACGAGAUCGCAUGACUGCUAUGACUUGCAAGUGGAAUGGAUUAUUUAACGUUGGGGAGGACUUCGAUGAUGAGGAUCUACUUGAGAUGGACUGGUCCGCUCCAUCAGUGUCUGCUAGCACAGUGUCCUCUGCAGCACAGUCCUGUUUCCUCCGUUCAACUGCAGCAUCAACUCCUGCUGCCCCCUAUGGCCAGAAUAACUCACAUCAACCAUCCAUAGAAGGCAUACUUGCCCAUAGGGGCCUGUCGGAUGGCCCAGGGUCAGAAAAUGCAACACCGAGCAGUGUAGGACAGUCUGCUGCUUUGGGUUUGAGACAGCUCUCUACAUCUAAACAAUUGCCCUCAUUCCCUCUUCCCCCUCUCCACCUUCCUACACUGAGUAGGGGACCGUGUACAGUUACCCAACAGAGCUCCUCACCAGCUCAAAAGAUGAAGUCAAACACAACAGGACAGCAAGAGGCCCCCUCGCCGCAGGAUGACUUUGAUGAUUGGGAUGUUGACCUGGCAGACCUAGAUGAAAGUGAACCACAGAUGAGCACUUGGGCUCAGGUCCGAGAAACUGCUCCAGCUGCAGAUCUAACCAAGCCCAGCGAUGACUCUGUAACCCCAGCCAAAAGACUACGGCCCACAGCCUGUGGUGGUGCUCAAACCGGGCCCAAUGUGGGUCUGAGAGGAUUCAGUACCUCUAACCAAACGUCUGGUCUUCCCAUUAGUAGUAUACUCCACAGGUCCUCAUUCCCUGGCCCCUUCCCCUCUCCACACCCUGAUCCUAGUGCUACUUUCCUCCUAGCUCCACCCCAGAGCCCAGUGUUUCCUGGCCUCACCAUGGCCUCCAGCCCCUUCCCCAGGCCUGUGACCCCCAGACCAAUCAGGGGGCUUCCUUCCCAGGUACAGAGGCCCUGGGCUACACCUCUGGCUCAGGGACGCAGCCUUUUUGACCCCAUCUCCCCAGCCCCCUCUAGUAGGUUUGGUGGACCCAUGCCUUCCCCCUGUCUCACCCCCUGUUCCCUUCACACGCCCGUCUUCACUAACCACUUGAUUCAGCUGGUGUCCAACUCCAACAAGACCCCCCAGAGACCCCGUUCUGACCACAUCCGGCCCAAUACCCGCCGCUUCCCUGGGCCUGCAGGAAUCCUACCACAACAGCAGCUCCAUGGGCAGAGCCUGGAUGACAUUGUGGUGGCCAUUCCUCAGACACCUGCACAUGGGGCCGUGGCUCGACCGCCCAGUCAGGUUCCCAGCUCUCAGACUGAGGAAGAGGAUUUCAGUGGAGGUCCGUGGGCAACGAUGAAGGCAGAGAUGGGAUUGGACGAAAGGAACUCCUCCUGUUUUCUGCACUCUUACAGCGUGGCCAUGGUACUACGCAAGGCAGCCCUGAAACAGCUGGCGAAGAACAAGGUCCCCAACAUGGCUGUGGUACUAAAGAGCAUCCUCCACACACACGCUGAUGCCAAGGCUGUGUUCAGGGAUCCCACAGGAGAGAUGCAGGGCACAGUGCACCGGCGCCUCCUAGAGGACAGACUAGGGGAGCUCAAGACAGGGGCGGUACUGCUGCUCAAACAGGUGGGUGUGUUCUCUCCGUCCCACCGUAACCACUACCUGAACGUGACACCCAACAACCUCCUGAGGAUCUACCCUCCUGACGGCUCGACUCUGUCCUCCACACAGACCCAGCUGCCCCCACUCCACCUGGAGCCAAUGUUGGAAUCACCUGAUCAGUCCUCCAGUGUCCCAGGAGCCCCUGUGUCUCAGAUGGAGUUGUUCUAUGAUGAUGAUGAUGAUGAUGAAGAGGAUGUUCAGGCCCCACAGGUCUCUGCAGACUCUGGUGCUGGCUCCUCUAGUGUUCCACAGGGCCCGCCUGCUGCACAACUGGACGUGUCCUGGGACGCAGAUGACCUUGAUGAGCUUCUUGGGGAGUUGCCUGUUGAGUCCUACUGCCUCUGACACCUGCCCACCUACCCCUUACGGAUAAGGUACAUUUAUACAGGGGAGAUGUAGGACAACUCAACCGUCACUUACAUGUGAAUUUGAGUUUGAUGCAUUCUGACCGCACGUUGGAUGCCUUUCUACUUGAUUCCCCCGGAGAAUCUUGUCGCCUGAAGUGCUAUCAUUUUGUGUUUGGUGUGCUGUGACCAUUAAUCGCUCCGGUAUAAAUUGCAUGUCGGCCGUGUGGGGGAAAAACUCUGAGGUGUUGGGAACUGAGACUGUCGCUCCCGCGUCUCCCAAAUUUGAAUGAAGCUUCACUACCCAUACUGCUACGGCUACAUCCCAUACUGCUACGGCUACAUCCCAUACUGCUACGGCUACAUCCCAUACUGCUACGGCUACAUCCCAUACUGCUACGGCUACAUCCCAUACUGCUACGGCUACAUCCCAUACUGCUACGGCUACAUCCCAUACUGCUACGGCUACAUCCCAUACUGCUACGGCUACAUCCCAUACUGCUACGUGCUACGAGUACAUCCCAUACUGCUACGGCUACAUCCCAUACGGCUACAUCCCAUACUGCUACGGCUACAUCCCAUACUGCUACGGCUACAUCCCAUACUGCUACGGCUACAUCCCAUACUGCUACGGCUACAUCCCAUACUGCUACAUCCCAUACUGCUACGGCUACAUCCCAUACUGUUACGUGCUACGGGUACAUCCCAUAGACAGUCAUCCCCCUGUUUGAAGACCUGCUGGCUGAUGUUUUGUAUAUUUUUUUACUUCACAGUGCAGUCUUCUCUAAAUCAUAGCUAACUACUGUAUGUGCACAUAAUGUCUUGUAAAACAUGUAUAUAUUAAAGAAGACUUCUGUUCAAUAAUACACUAUACACAACUGAAAUGGUC